AUGGAUAUCGAGAAGGGAAAGUGGACGAAGAAUCUGAUCAUCAAGGCGUGGAAGCGAUGCAGUACUCUACCGAGACAAAGCAGCAGCAAAGCGUCUACUGCGGCAGCUUCACUGACAAGGAGCAAAUCAUGGAGCUCCAGUAGUACUAAUAAUACUGGCACUUGGAAACAGAAGAAGAACAAGGCCAAGACAUGCAAAGUCGCUCCGGUCGGAUGUUUCACAGUCUACGUCGGACCCGAAAAGCAGCGAUUUGUGGUGAGGAUGGAGUUUGUUAACCAUCCAUUGUUCAAGACGCUGCUGGAGGAUGCGGCAUUGGAGUAUGGCUACAAAAGUGACGGUCCAAUUUUGCUUCCUUGCGAUGUGGAUCUGUUCUGCAAUGUUUUGGCACAGAUGGAGAGCGAUGAUAUUGAUGAGGAUAUGGUUGGCGUUUCCAGUACUUGUUCUCCUAUAAGCUUCAGUCCAGCUCGUCGUAGAAAUAAUUGUGGCAGCAACAGAGGUUACGGCGGUUCUUAUAGGAUGCUCACUCCAACCUCAUCGUCAUCAUCAAUGGUGGUUGCUUAG